ACACAUACAUACAUAUGUACAUAGACAUAUAUUCCAUACACUUUACAUAUGAGUGGAAGGCCAACUACAUUGACCAUCAGACAAAGACAUUUAAUGCCACAGUAUUAUCCUAAAUUUCUUGUCACCAUCUACUGCGGAUUUUUGCUGCCAUGACCAACUCAAAAGGUAGCAGGAAACGGAAAUUCUUGAGAAAGCAUAAACGAAAGAUUGCCAAUCUAAUGCAAUGUGGUUUCCAUUUGGCAUUGUUCAGUUUGGCAUUGGCUGCAUCAUUGGAACGCAGCAUGGGCCAACAAUGGCGAGAGGGCUAUACGGGACAUGGCACAACCCAUGAACAAUUGGGUCAAUUGCAUUGGCCCGCCACGAAUUAUACGUAUUAUACGUCGUCGGUGGAUUAUACUCAGGAUCGUACAAGAAAUGCAACUUUCAUGAGAUCUAUAUAUAAUAUUACCCAUUUUAUAUUGGAUUCAAUAUUCCCUGAUGACGCAGCAUUGCCACCAGGAUACAUUGUGGUUAAGCAUCAAGAUACCUUGGCUCUUGGCCCCAAGGUGGAGCAGAAUGAUUGGACGGAUCUUUUGACCCAAUAUCGAUUGAUGUUAUGGUGGAUUUUUCUUUUGCUGUUUUUCAUCAUUCUAAUGCCGUUUGUUGGUGUUUUCUAUUGCUGCUUCUGUUGCUGUCGCAGAUGUCACCAGGGAUGUCCACCGUGUGAUGCGAAGAAAAAUAAUUGUCGGCUUUGCUGCUGCGGCAUCUGUCUAUUUCUUCUCAUUCUGGGUCUAAUCUUUGGUCUUAUUAUUGCCUUUGUAAGCAAUAAGCUCAUCGAUCGAGGAUUCCAUGAUACAGCCAAUACAAUAAGUCGCGGCGGGGAGGACACUUGCGCCUUCUUGAAGGAUAUUUCCGAUCAUGUCUAUCAUCUGUUUGUCCACAAUUAUGAAGAGCUUGAGACGCAUGUUAUUGAUGAGUUGAACAAUGCCGACAAGCAUAUAUUUCUCGAUUUGACAGAUGUCUCCGAGGGUAGUGCAUUGGAUGAAUUGGACAGAAUAUACAAUAAUAUGCCACAGGCGUUGGCUCUAAUGCGUCAGGUGGACUUUCUGGAGAAGGAGAUGCGUUUCUAUGGAUCACAACUACGUGAUGCCCUACGUGGUCUGAAACGUGAUAUUAACUAUGGAACGCAUAGUCUCUGUGGCUUGAACAAAUGUUAUGAUUUAUUGUCAAGCAAUUCUGUCGAGUUCCUAGAUACUUCGAAAUGUCUACAUGUAGAUAUUAUACCAAAUACAACGGUUUUUGUCGAGGCUAUGGAAGCAAUAAUUGAACUCCGGGCUGCCACAAUACCAAAAGAGGGCAUAGUUCGAUUGCAGGCAAUAAGUGAAAAGAUCAAAAAGUAUUUAUUUCAAAUCACACCGAAAUUAAAACGAAACAUUGAGAUUGGAAAGGAGACAUUCACCGAUCAAUCAACCAUCAUACGAAACCUCAUCGAUGCUGUAACCAGUGAUGUUUAUUUAAAUACAUUACAUUCGUCCCAUUCGUUUGACGAUGUCUACCGACUAUUUGGCACUCAACGGACAAUAGUUUCGAUAAUAAUCUUACUAUUAAUACUAUUGAUUAUCUGUGUCCUCAUUGCAGGCUUAAUAUGCGGCUGCUGUGGAGCCAAAACGGGUUCAUCUGGAUGCAGCAGGACCACUGGUGGAUUAUUAUUGCUUGUCGGCAUAAUGCUUAUAUUCUGUGUGUUCUCAUUUAUAAUGCUGGUGGGAUUAUUUUACUUUGUGAUCGGGACUAUAACAUACGAAGGUGCUUGUGCCCCGCUCAGGGAUCAGAACAAGAAUGCCCUAUUUCGGCAAUUCGAUUCGACCAUUGAUCUCAAUCGUUACAUGGCGAAGAAGAGUAAGUUCCGCAGUGGUGCUGAUGAAAAUGCCGAUGAAGUGGAAGUACCACCCAUGCGACUGUCAAAUACCAUUGAUGCCUGUAGUGCGAAUCAGUCGAUCUUUGAUAUGCUGCGUCAGAACAAUCUGUACAAUGUCAAAGAGUUAACCAAAAUACAUUUGAUGCCCGAAGACAAGGAAAUGAAUCCUCUGAUCAAAUUCGAUGUACACAUUCUAAUAUUUACGGAAGAAGAGAAGGCUGUACUUAAUUUGUCACGCCAGGGAGAAAUGGCUGAUUACCAUAGCAAACCAUACGUGUCGAAUUUGUGCACAAAAUUCACACCGGUCAGUUUGUCCAGCCUCGGCGCGGACUUUGCUGCAAUGGGUAACGAGAUAUAUGGACAGUAUCUGGCCCAAGGCACUUACUCGUAUCGCAAUGAUCAGGUUAAUGCGAAAGCCUAUGCGAAUACGUUUGUCGGUCCGCUAACGAAUAUUAUUGAAAAGAUAAAAGAAAAACUGGCGAAAAUCGAUCAAUUGAUAUUGUAUGAGAAUCGGCCUUUUGGCGCUUCCAUUGAGCACCUUGUCGAUUCUGUAUUACGCUCAGAGCAAUUCAUUAAAGAUCGCGGCAAGGAUUUUAUAAAUGAUCUUGCUAAAAAUCUAACCGAUUCCAUAGCGAAACACAUUGCGUAUCAUAUCGAUAUGGUGAUACGUGAAUCCAAUGAGAAUGUCGGACGUUGUGCACCACUCGCUUACGUCUAUUAUACUGGAGUGGAUGUAAUUUGUCAUCGUUUGGUCGAUCCUUUGAAUGGCUUCUGGUUUGGUAUUUUACUAUGCACCAUUCUAUUCCUGCCCAUUCUGUUUGUCGCUCAUCGUCUGAUGUGCUUGUACAGGAUAAUUUAUCCGCCUGGUCCUGCAGCAAUUGCUGUAGUUGUUCUCGAACGUGGUUGUCCUGUGUGUACGGGUGCCGACUAUGUUCCACAGCCUGUCAUAACCUGUGGCGGUGGUCAGCAGGCCUAUUGUGGUUGCGAUCACAAUGGGUCGUCCAGAGAGCAUAGGUCGAAAAGAUCUCGACUUGGCGCUGGCACACUCAAUGGUUCCGAGCAGGGGGAGCAGCAAAUUGCCGACAUUAAUUUCGAAAUUAAAGUCGAGGAACCAACAGCGACCAGCAAGCACAAGCGGGACUAAUAUGAGGUUAUAAAAGCAUUUUUUGUCUCUGAACUGAAUAAAACAAUUUACUUUUAUUA